AUGCGGUUCACACGGCAAAAGUCAGACGUUGCGACGGACGUUAUUCAAGAUGAACCCGAGGCACGUCGGAGAAAUCGUCUGUCGAAACCUCUCACAAGCAAGAUAACAACGAGCAUAUCCACCACCAAUCUUCCAGAGCCGAUUCUUCGAAGCAAGAACGUCAAUACAGUCGAGUUGGCCACGGCUGGUCCACUCUCUAGCCAUCCCAGCAAUGCAGCUUUACGGCAACAUGUUCGGACGGAGGUCUUUGACUCGGAUCAGGACUCGCCGAGCAAGUCACUGCGGUCGGAGUCCAGCUGGGGUGUCGCCUACAUGGUCAGCCAGAUCGACAAGAACACUGUUCAAGACUCAGAUGGUCCGCAAGAGCAGCCUCCGGUGUCGCCUCUGAAGCCGAAGAAAAGGAAAUCCAUCAUCCUCCGGCGUUUGUCUUCACGGCGUUCGACGUUGACUCGAUCGGCCAGCAACAGCAGGCUAGGCUCGUUGAAAGACGAUGCAGCAUCAGCCUCAACUCCAUCUUCCUCCAUUGAUCGUAUCGUGGACGCUCCGUCGAUUCCUCCUACUCGUCGAGCAUCCUUCACCCCUGGGACCGCCACGAGAAAGCCAUCUCGAGUAUAUGCGGAAGAGGACAUCACAGAAGAGGCCAUGGUGGAGGAGAAACAAAUACAAAACACCGUGGAUGUGGAUUACUUCGAUUGGCAGCCUCCUCGACCUCCGGCAAUGGUCGGGAGGGUUGGGACACCUGCGGACCUGGAAUACUCGCAUCUGGGAGGCUUUAGGCACGGUUCGUUGCAGGUCGUCAACGGACGGGCCUCCCCUGCUUUCAGCGAGAUGUCAAAGUCUUCGAAACAACUUUUGUCCAUACCCAAACCCCAAAGGACUAUUUCAAGCAAUUAUGGCGAUGUUGACGACUUUGACCACGCGAUUCCCUCGCCCGAGAUGUCAUCCCUGCCCGGCACCCCGAACAUGCACAGCGAACGACGGAAUCUCGACUGGGAGAGCAGUAAUGAACAGUCCCCGCGGGCACACCCGCUUCAGAACAUGGUGUCCCCAGGGUCCGACUGGGACGUUGAUGGUGAUCAGGACGCGGCAUCGGUGAUCGCACAGGAGUACAUGGCAGAACUCCCACCAAGUCCGUUCUCCGAGCGAAGAUCUAGCUCGUUGCCUGGAUCUGUCAGAAGAAGUAGGUCGGAUGGUGUGCUGCGACACUCCUCGUCGAUAUCGUCAUUGGAAGAAUCCGCAUCUCGUCAGGCCUAUCUAGGAACCGACUCCCCUGUGGAUGUACGGCGAAGAUCGCCAUCUCCUACUGGUUCCGUGGUCUGGAGAUCGAGAGACCGGGAUGGUGGUGACCGAGGCCGUGGGAUGUCACGUACUGGAUUCCAGGAUGAGAAUGUUCAACCUCGCGAGGACAGGAGGAGUUGGUAUUCGUCAACCGCAUCCCAGGUCGAGGGUUCCCAGUCAGGGCACGAGUUCCCAGUCCAAAUGUCUCCUCCACGACUUCAGCCACCUCGAGCCCCUCAAAAGUCUGAUAGUGGCUACAGCUCGAGUAAUUCAUUGCGUUCAGUGGAAAUGGCAAAGAGAAUAUUCCCUGCGAAGAAGCAAGCUCUACAGAACGCAUCUGCAUCGGCACUGAAUAUUCUACCACAACAGACUGACCAAGGAUCUCAUCAACUCGCGCAUAGACCAUCGUUUCUGAAGUCGCGAAAGACCUCACCUAAUCUACGCACUCUUGCGAACCUCGACUCAGCCGCAUUGUCGACGACUACCCUACCUGCAGUUCUUCCAUCGGAUACCAACUCUACAAAGUCGCCUAAGGUCCGCAAACGAUUGCAGAAAAAACGUCCCCAAAGCCAGCCUCCUGGAAAGGUGGCUGUCAGUGGCACUCAUUUCUUGGAUGAAGAGACUGUUCCACAGAUCCCCAUCGAAGUACGAGAAAACCUUCGCGUUCGUGCACUGGAGGUGCCUGAGCUCAAGCAAACAUAUCAAUCGCAUCACCAACUUACCAAUCAACCGAGUAUCUCGAGCAUGGACUUGCUCAAGGUCGACAUAAGAUUCCCUUCGCCUACGCCAGAGCCGACAUCAUCGGCAAAGAGAUCACGAAGCUUUAGUCGUCCACGAUCAUGGAUUGGUCGACCCAGAGAAGAGAGGAGAGAUUCGAAGCGCGACUCCGGGAUUAGUCAGAUCGAUGCCAUGGGUAUCAUUAACGAUUUCGGGACUGUUGCCUCCUCACUUGGUGGCAGUCCUUAUGACCUGGCCCAUGCAAACAUGGUCUCUGAAAACACGAUGAACCCAUAUAACAUUUCUACCGUCGCCCCUCGUCCAAGAUACAUGAUGGAUGACAGAGCCGCUGCGGAACUUUCCAGAAUCCGAAGCAGGGCUGUCCAAGAACGUGAUGGUGCGAGGGCAAACCGGAGGUCAUCGUUCAAUGACCGAGGGGGCAUUCCGGGGAGGACGUUGAGACCAACAAGUUUCGCCAGUGAUGCUCCUCCCAUCACCCCUGACAUGCUUCAGAAGGCGUAUCGGACAUCAUCGGAGCAGAGACAGUGGUCAAUGAGUCAUGUCUCGGCACCACCUCCACCAGUGCACUCACCAAGGCCAUCAUAUGUUGACUAUGAUGAAGAUACUUCCCAGAUGGCUGUUGCCCCUCCACCACCCUCGCACUCCCCUCGGCCUGUUGAUGUGUCGCCAGAUCCAUGGGCUGGACAAGCCGCAACUUGGAGAGCUCGGAGGCAGUCUAUUGGUGCUGCAUUGAGAGACCAACCCCAAAACUGUAGUGGAGACAAGGACUACAAUGGUACUCACCACGAGCAAGAAGAACCGAUCUAUCCAGAGAUCCCGCCACGUCAGUACCAACAUCGAAGAACGCAAACGAUGGAAGCCCGCGGAUAUGCCGAUCACACUCCCCCGCGCGGAGACUUCGAGUCGUAUGGGCGACCUCAUGCAGAUGAUGUGCAUCAUGGCGCGUACCAACACCUAAAUGAGCACGAUACAGCAUAUGUGCGGCAAACUCGGCGGAACUCGGUGAUGCAGAACUAUGAGCAGUUCUAUAGUCAUCCUCAAUGGAACCAUAGGCCAAUGCGUGGCCCACCACUACCACUUAGCCCUGCACAGUACAUUAAUAGGCCUCCCCAUCCAUACUCGAACGCGGCUAGUGCGCGCAGUCAAUCUUCACUUGCGGAAGAACUACAGCCUGAUCAAGAAAGGCCACAUCCGCCGCCGCAAUUUGGUCGGUACUCAGGCGGACUGAGCUUCGACUAUGAACCUGGGAAAGGCUUCGGAGGAUCGACAGGGACAAGGUCAUUCAGUGGAAUGGCUGAGGCAACGCGACGGGAGGUGCCUCUAAGGGCCAGUUUCGGCGUUGAUUUGGGCGAUGUUCCAGUUCUGCCACACAGUGCCAGUUGGGGACGAGGAUAUUAG